AUGGCUACUGGCCAAUACUCUCAUCUCCCACAAUCAUUGCUACGAAGCAUGCGCGAGUCUUUCGAAGUCUUGGACAGCUCUAAUACUGGCACCAUCACCUCUGCCAGUGUCGCCGAUAUGUUGCAGCAGAUGGGCAUGGACUCUUCACCCAAGGCUGUAGCAGCUUUCUUCCCUCCGAACACACCCUCUACAAUCACACUGGGUCGUUUCCUAGACUUGCUAUCUGCUCCACUAGCGGAGCUUAGUGAGCCAUCCGAGCUUGCCGCCGCUUUUGCUGCUUUCGACGUGGAUGACAGCGGUCAAAUUGACAAGCACGAGCUAAGGGAUGCUCUGCUCAACACGGCUCCAGAGCCAGGGGCUGAGAACGUGCGUUUGUCAGAGCAUGAGAUCGAUGUCAUUAUGAACCAAUUCUCGGCGAGGAGGGCAUUUGGUGCCAAAGGCGUCUUCGGCAAGGAGCUGGCUGGCGGCGACAGGAAGAGAGGCGAAGUCUUCAGAUAUAGAGACUUUAUAUCGAACAUCUCGGGUAGCGGAGGUGCUGACAGCGCUGAGCAGAUUGCCGCAUGA